AUGGAUCGCCAAAAGAAAAGAGAGCUUCGCGAUCUGAAUGAGAAAGCCUGGGAAGGCGAGACUGAUGUAUUCCCCGUCAGCAAGUCCCUCGAUUCGGCUCUCAAGAAGAACACGGCUUUCAUCAAGCGCCUUCGAACUGGAAUCAGUGCUUCCGCCCUAUCUACCUUCCUAACCGAUAUCCGUACCCUUUCGCUCCACAAGUACCUCUCCGAGAUUAUCUCCGCCUGCUAUGAGGGACUAUGUAAGCUCAAAUCGCCCGGGGAGAUCGCUGCCGGCGUGGAGAUUAUCUGCGCUCUGCACCAGCGAUUUGGUCCCGCGGAGUUUACUAGGCAGAUUGGAUGGCUUCUCGGGCGGGGCAUGAGCUCCAUGGAUAAGGCCUCGUUGAAGGCUCUUCCUCAGGAGAUGCGCGAGCGGGAGGAAAAAGAACGCUUGUCGCGACACCGGGUUCUGCUUCGCGUCGUUACGGAGUUGUGGCUUGUCGGUGCUCUUAGGACUUUGGAUGAUACGGAGAGACCGGAGGACGCAAGGAAGGAUGCUACUACGGGCAAGCUUCCGGAUCUGGUUCCGAUGAGGGCGACCAAGUCUCCCGCGGCGUUGAAGGAACUGGAGAAACAGGCCGAGCCUUUUCCUCUGGAAGUACUCAAGGAUUUACUGGGACAUGACCGUGACCAUACCAACUUGCCGCUUGCCGUGUUGUUUGUGAAGAGCUUUAGCUGGGAUAUUCUUGGUACCAAGCUUGUGGAAGAGGGUCGGAAGACUGUCGAAGCGGAUGGUGCGACGUCAAAGUCUACCGUUGAUCAAGAGAAUAUAGAGGGUAAUGCCGAAACUACGACAGAGGCAGACCCGCCAUUGGUCCCUGAGAAGACGCAGCAGCGAUUCAGAAAUAUCUUGACUCGCUACCUGGAUGAUGUCAAGGCUCAUGUGGUUCGUGAUCAGAAGGCACUGGCAUCGCAGAGCCGUCGCAAUGCCGAGGCUUACGUGAAGAGUGGCGAGAUCUUUGAGGAUCGCCAGUCGAAUUUCGAGAAGCAGUCCAAGACACUCGAGAAACUUGUGGCGAAUACUCAGGUCUUAUGUGAAGCCUUGGGUGCGGAGAUGCCCGAUCUGGUCGAGAAAGAGGCCACUGAUGCUGGCGGAAGCGGUGGCAUUGGUCUGGUGAAAACCACGGAUUACCUACGUGGUCUGGGUGACGGUGCCGGCAUCUGGGAAGAUGAAGAGGAGAGGCGCUUCUACGAGAAUUUGGUCGAUCUUAAGGGUAAAGUGCCCGCGGUACUCCUUGAAGAUGGCAAGAAAAAGAAGACCGAAGGUGAAGAGACUGGUAGGAAGAAGGAAGGUGACACCGAGACUGCCGCAGAGAAGCCCGAGUCCAUGGAGGAUAGGGCUGCAGCUGCAGCUGAUGCCGAUGACCAGUCAAUGGCAAUUGCCAGUAAGACCGUCGGCGCCCAGGUGGAUUCUCUUCUUGGAAAACUCCCCGAGCUGCAGACCAAGGACCAGGUAGAUCAGUUUGCUUUGGACUUUUGCUUUGUCAACUCCAAAGCUUCUCGGAAUCGAUUGGUGAAGGCUGUCUCGGAUAUCCCCAAGGGUCGGAUAGAUUUGCUUCCCCUGUACUCACGUCUGGUGGCUACUCUUGGACAAUAUUUGCCCGAUAUUCCGCAGGGAUUGACCACCUAUCUCGAUGAAGAGUUCCGAAGCCUGCAGCGACGAAAGUCGAAGGAGUUCCUCGGACAGGUUCGUAUGAGCAAUGUACGUUACUUGGCCGAGUUGACUAAAUUCGGCGUGGUCCCCGAGCACAUCAUCUUCCACUGCUUCAAAGUCUCGCUGGAUGACUUUUCUCGCAUGAACAUUGAGAUUAUCGGUAGCCUCUUGGAAAACUGUGGUCGCUACCUGCUUCGCAAUCCAGAGACAUCGCCCCGCAUGGCGUCAUUCUUGGAGACUCUGAGCCGGAAGAAGACCGUGCAGCAUUUGGCUCAGCAAGAACGGAUGGUCAUCGAGAAUGCCAUUUACUACGUUGACCCGCCUCCAAGACCGGCUAUCCAGCAGAAGGAGCGUACGCCCGUGGAGCAGUACAUUCGAAGACUGAUCUAUCUCGACAUGAAUAAGCGGAAUUACACCAAGAUUCUGAAGACCAUCCGCAAACUCCAUUGGGAGGAGCAGGAGAUCGUGGAUAUCCUGGAGCGCGUAUUCAGCAAGCCUGUCAAGGUCAAAUACGGCAGCAUUCAUCUUCUGGCAAUCCUUGUCAGUGCUCUGUACCGCUAUCAUCAGGGGUUCGUCAUCGGCAUCGUCGACAAUGUUCUUGAGCAGAUCACGCUGGGCUUGGAGUUGAAUGAUUUCAAGUUUAACCAGAAGCGGAUCGCCGAAGUGAAGUACCUGGGCGAGCUUUAUAACUACAAGAUGAUCGACUCACCCGUUAUCUUCGACACUCUGUACCGCAUCGUUACAUUCGGUCACGAAGGUGGUACCCCGGUUCCUGGCAAGAUUAGUCCGCUGGAUACUCCAGAUGACUUUUUCCGACUUCGCCUGGCGUGUACACUCCUCGACACGUGCGGUCACUGCUUUGAUCGCGGUUCUGCAAAGAAGAAGCUGGAUUUCUUCCUGACUUUCUUCCAGUACUAUCUGUUCACCAAGGAUCCCUUGCCCAUGGAUAUCGAUUUCCUGGUCCAGGAUACGUACUCUAGUCUCCGACCACAGUGGAAGAUGGCUACGGACCCAGAAGAGGCUACUAGAAUUUUCAGCGAGGCAGUUGCCCAGAAUUACAAUGUUCAAGACUCUGAGAGACCCGUUGAGCUUGACGAGGACGAUGCGGAGAGCAGCUCGUCCGAUGAGGGUCUAGAGGAGGACGCCAUUCCCGAAAUUGAAGAUGAGGAAUCUAGCGACGAAGCCGAGGCAUCCGGUCCGAACCCCGAAGCAAACGACGAAAGCGACUUUGAGGACGAGCAUAUCAUCGUCACGCGCCAAGAAGAGGAGCGCGACCCAGAAGCUGAGGCCGAUUUCGACCGUGAAUUUGAAAAGAUGAUGGCCGAGAGUAUGGACUCCAGACGCUUCGAGCGUAAGGGGGUUUUCGAUAUCCCCUUGCCUAUGAAGCGCGUCCCCCGCGAGAACCCUCCAACGGAGUCUUCGACUGAAUCGGCUACACCGGAGCCUAUGCCUACUAAGACAAUGGCUUUCUCGCUGAUGACGAAGAAGGGAAACAAGCAACAGACACGUACUAUUGAUCUUCCAUCCGAUUCUAGCUUUGCUGUUGCUAUGCGCAGUCAGCAACAAGCUGAUCGGGAAGAACAACAGCGUAUCAAGAACUUGGUUCUAAACUAUGAGGCCGCGAAUGAACCAGAAGCUGCCGAGACUUUUGAAAAGCGUAUCCCCGCUAAUCAACGGGUGGACAAGUCUGGCGCUAAUCGUUCUGCCUUCCGAUCUCGGAAACUCCAGCUCAGCGAUGUGAAUUGGUAA